CACACAUCGAGCUGUCUGGUACGCCACUCAUACAAUAAGCUUACCUCUUAGAAAUGAGUGUCACCCGAAGGAACGAGAGAGAGGGUUUGUGUUAGAUACAUCGGCCAAAGUCUUCUUCUCAACGUUUACUAUCCAUAAAUAGGAGUAGGAAAGUUGGCAAUUGUCUUUAGGGAAGCAGAAGGAGAAGAAAUGGCCGGAGAAGCAGUUUCAAAGGCCUCCCAACCACUAAAUCCAUGUCCUGAUCCCAAUCUUCCUCCUGUGGUCAAGAAAAAGAGAAACCUCCCAGGAACACCAGAUCCUGAAGCAGAGGUGAUUGCGCUCUCCCCGGGAACCCUCUUGGCCACCAAUCGAUUCCUGUGUGAGAUCUGUGGCAAAGGCUUCCAGCGAGACCAAAACCUGCAGCUCCACAGGCGAGGCCACAACCUACCAUGGAAGCUGAAGCAGAGGAGCGGCAAGGAGCCGAGGAAGCGGGUGUACGUGUGCCCGGAGGAGAGCUGCAUCCACCAUAACCCCGCGCGGGCGCUUGGUGAUCUCACGGGCAUCAAGAAGCACUUCUGCCGCAAGCAUGGCGAGAAGAAGUGGAAGUGCGACAAGUGCUCCAAGCGGUACGCCGUGCAGUCCGACUGGAAGGCCCACUCUAAGACUUGCGGCACGCGAGAGUAUCGCUGCGACUGCGGCGUCCUUUUCUCCAGGAGAGACAGCUUCAUAACCCAUAGGGCUUUCUGUGAUGCUCUGGCUGAAGAAACCGCAAGAGUUUCAGCAGCAUACACCAUGACGAACACGACGUCGAUCGGCAGUGUCGAUUCUCUUCUUCAAGAUGGUGCAAUGACACCCAACAUAUGGAAACAUCUUUCGCCAAAUCUUAAGCCAAACAUUAUGGAUCGUGAGGUUGGUCAGCAGGAUAGACACGGGUGUUCAUCGUGGAUGGGCCAUGGAGGUCAGCUCGAUAAUGCCUUUGAUGGAACUACUGCUAUGUCUGAGAUCAACCAAGCUGGGUUGGUCGACAGUCAAUUGAGUUGGAUCCAUUUCAACAAGUUGUCGUCAUUGCCAACUUCAAACACUUUGAAGCCUCUCACGGGAAGCGUUCCUUCCUUGUUUACUUCGCUGCCUCACCGUCCUGCUCCCGAUAUAUCUGCCACGGCAUUGCUGCAAAAGGCUGCACAAGUCGGCGCGAUCUCCACCACCCCAUUCUCGGGGAGCUUUGGGCUGCCCGAGUGCCAGAACACAAGCGCCGGUGACGGCAGCGUCUUUGAUGGCUUGCUCAUUCAUGAAUUCGCUGCGUCGAACACGGACGAGGUAAAUUACAUCACAAGGAGCCGCAGCAUGCUAAGAGAUUGUCUUGGAGGAGAGACCCGGGACUUCUUAGGAGUCGGGGUGCAGACUCUUUGUCAGCCAUCAGCAAAUGGAUGGAUCUGAGCCUGCUCGAGGGUGGACGGCAACAAGAAAGA